CUCUGAGGCUGCAAACACUCCUUCACUGCUCCCAUCCCUCCUUCUUUCUUCUCCUUUUCUUUCCAAAACUUUUAUAGGAUUUAACGGGACCAGCGUGCGAGUGUGUAAGUGGGGGAAGGAGGGGGGAUACUCCUCUGUUUCCGUGGCGAUGAGUUUGAUGGGCAGUCGGUGGAUCUAGGUCACGAAACCAGCGGCGACAGCUUAUCAUCUGACAGGAAGUCAGAGGAAAGAGUUCCUCCAUGGCCAAAGUAGGUCCAUCCGUCCAGUCCCUGCCAGACAUGGAGGCGGAGCCAGGUGAGCCAGGUGAGCCAGGUGAAGCCAGAGCCAAUCAAAGAGCCGGAGCAGGAGCUCUAUUUAACGUCAACAACAGCAACAACAACGAUGAAGAGGAGGAAAAGAAGAAAAAGAAGAAAGAGAAGAAAGAGAAGAAACAGAGGAAAGAGAAAAAGGAGAAGGAGAAGCAAGAGAAGAAGGAGAGGAAGGAGAAGAAGCAGAAGGAAAAAGAAGAGAAGGAGAAGGAGAAGGAGAAAGAGAAGGAGAAAGAAGAGAAGGAGAAGAAAGCCAAGGAGGAGGCUUCGAAGGAGAUCACGGUGUUUGAUCCAGCAGGUAACAACUACUACCACUGGCUCGGUGUCAUCACCGUCCCCGUCAUGUACAACUGGACCCUGAUCAUAGCCAGGGCAUGUUUCGAGGAGCUACAGUCCGACUAUUUGUUACUAUGGUUCCUCGUGGACUUAAUCUGCGACGUCAUCUACAUCGCUGACAUGUACUUCAGAACGAGGACCGGUUACCUGGAGCAGGGUCUGCUGGUGAAGGACGAGCAGAAGCUGCGUCAGCGCUACAUGGUUAGCUUCCAGUUCAAACUGGACCUGAUCUCCAUGAUUCCCACGGACCUGCUGUACUUCGUCUUCGGACCCAAAUACCCAGAAAUCCGCCUCAACAAGCUGUUCAGGUUUAACAGGAUGCUGGAGUUCUUCCAGCGGACGGAGACCAGGACCAACUACCCCAACGCUCUGCGUAUCUCCAACCUCGUCAUGUACAUCGUGAUCAUCAUCCACUGGAACGCCUGCCUCUACUACUCCUUCUCCAAGGCCAUCGGUUUCGGAGCCGACAGGUUUGUGUAUCCCGACCCGACGGAUCCAGAGUUCGGUCGUCUGAUUAGGAAGUAUGCCUACAGCAUGUACUGGUCCACUCUAACGCUCACCACCAUCGGAGAGACUCCGCCACCCGUGGAGAACUCCGAGUACAUCUUCGUCGUCACAGACUUCCUGGUCGGUGUGUUGAUCUUCGCUACAAUCGUCGGAAACGUUGGUUCGAUGAUCACCAACAUGAACGCUGCCAGAGCAACCUUCCAGGCUCGCAUCGACGCCAUCAAACAGUACAUGACCUUCAGAAAGGUAACGACGGAUCUGGAAAAGCGAGUCAUCAAGUGGUUUGACUUCCUGUGGACCAAUAAGAAAGCGGUGGAUGAGAGGGAGGUGUUGAAGUAUCUGCCGGACAAACUGAGAGCCGAGAUCGCCAUCAACGUCCACCUGGACACGUUAAAGAAGGUUCGUAUCUUUGCGGACUGCGAGGCGGGGCUGCUGGUGGAGCUGGUGCUGAAGCUGCAGCCGCAGGUCUACAGCCCCGGAGACUACAUCUGUAAGAAGGGCGACAUCGGCAGGGAGAUGUACAUCAUCAAGGAGGGAAAACUGGCCGUUGUCGCCGACGACGGCAUCAAGCAGUUUGUCGUCCUGAGCGACGGAAGCUACUUUGGAGAGAUCAGCAUCCUGGCUAUCAAAGGAAGUAAAGCAGGAAACCGGAGGACGGCCAACAUCCGGAGCAUCGGCUACUCGGACCUGUUCUGUCUGUCCAAGGACGACCUGAUGCAGGCGCUGACGGAGUAUCCUGACGCUAAAGCUCUGCUGGAGGAGAAGGGACGGCAGAUUCUCAUGAAGGACGGCCUGCUGGACCUGGAGGUGGCGGCCCAGGGCCCGGACCCUAAGGAAAUGGAGGAGAAGGUAGACCGGAUGACGAGCGAGCUGGACGUCCUGCAGUCCCGCUACGCCCGGCUGCUGGCCGAGCACGAAGCCACGCAGAGCAAACUCAAGCACCGCGUGGCCACGCUGGAGAGGAAGCUACGGCCGCCGCUACCGCCGCCGCUACCGCUGCCGGGUGAUGCCCCGCCCCCCCCGACACCGGAGGCAUAGACAACCACAGAAGAAAAAGAAG